GAAUUCUCAAUUAAUUGGCUUUAUCCCUUUGAGUUUUUUUUUGGGGUGAAACUCAUCUCUUUGAGUUCCUUCAACCAUUUUGAAAACAGCUUGCCGGAAACAUUGGUGAAUUUUCAUCGAAUCGCGAGUUUCAGUAAGAUAUAAAACAGAUGAAGAACCCAAUCGUUAGAUCUUAUGUUAGAUCAAAAGUGCCGCGGUUGCGGUGGAACUCUGAUCUUCAUAACUCUUUUGUUCAAGCUGUUGAACAACUAGGUGGAGAAAAUAGAGCAACUCCUAAAAUGGUUUUACAGUUAAUGGAUGUGAGAGGACUCACAAUAUCACAUGUGAAGAGUCAUCUCCAGAUGUAUAGGGGCAUGAAGCUUGAAGAAUCCAUGCAAGAAGAGAUAUUAGCAAAGAGAAGUGUUAGAGUGACAGGACAAGUAACUUGGUGGCAAUUUCAACAUUACCUUCAUAACUACCAACGUCUUCAGGGCAAUGCCAACUUUUUCCAAAAUCAACAAAGGCAAGAAGCGGGAAUAUAUGAAAAAAUUAUAACAUUUGGACAAUCAAGUAAUGAAACUAAGGAAGUACCAAGUGACUACUUUACCUGCAAGUCUCUCUAUGAAACAUCCAGAGCUCCACAAAAUAAAACGAGAGAUGAUGAUGAAAAUGGUGAAGCUGUUGUUGCUAUUGAAGAUGAUGGUAAUGUUGUUGAUGAACAUGAUGAUGAGGAUGCUAAUGAUGAUGAGGUUACUUUGUCACUAAACUCAAUAAAAGUUUCAAAAAGUGAAGAAGAAUUGUCCCUUGAGCUCACUCUUGGUCUCAAAGCAUAACAUGUUUUGAUUUUGAUUUUUUUUUUUUUGUAGAAACCGUUGGAAGUAUGUUGUAGAUGCAUGUAUCAAUAAUCCCUUUAUUAUUAAAAGGAAAGUACAAAUUGAAAUUUUGUCUAAUUUGUCGU